CGUCCCGAAACACGUGCCCCUCACUCUUUCACAAGACGUGUCAGGCUGACAUUUCUUGCAGCAGAAACAGCCAUCCUCCUCGCAGAGCUUCUCCUCACUGAUGUAUUCACCCGUUGGCGAGUGACAGUUGGUGCUGCAAAGGCUCAGACACAGACAGACAGACACACGGUGAGCAGCACGCAGGCAGCAGUACCAGAGCCACGCUGCGCCAGACACCACAGGCAGCAUCCGCCAUUCACGCCACUCAGUACAAAUCUAGGCACGACAACCACCCUGUGCCAUGAAGGAAGACAGCAACAUUCUAGACAAGACCGCCAAGAUGACCAAACAGAACAAGGCCCUGCUCUUCACUGCAGGGGGCGCCGCGGCGUUCAUGGCAGGAUACUACUACUAUCACUGCAAUUACAGAAAUCCUGCACCCAAGAAAAGUGGCAGUACUACUUCACAAGACAAGACUGAUGCUCAGGCGGUUCAGUCUAUCCCCUCACCCAGUGGCAACAAGGGCAAAGAAAGCAAGGACCCAAAAGUAAAAUAAUGGGUUGCAAUAUCCCAGUGCAACAUAGAAUAGGAUGUGUGACAUUGCCUUUGAUAUGGAUGUUAUGGAGUUUGUGGAGAAUACCUUCAGCUUUACUUAUGUUUGCACAUCAUGUUUUGAACUCACAUAAAUUAGUUUGGAAAAAAAAACAAGGAAUGGCAAUAUGUAACAGAUGAUCCGAACAAAAUCUGUAAAGAAAGCCCAUUUCUUUGAACUCAAAUGGAAAGACAAUUUUAGUGUUUGCAUAGUUUUGACUUGUAGGACAAAGGAGGUAGUAGCAUGUUUCCAUUAGUUUUGAAAAUAUUUUUACAAGAAUGGAUGACUUUUUAAUGUGUAUAUAUAUACAUAUAUGUAAUUAGUGAAAAUAAAUUGAAUAUUUGUA